AUGGGGGCAACCGGCAGCGACAGCUUGUGGCCUUGGAACCGCCUGCAGUGUGCAAAAAAGCUCAUGAACCGCCAAGUUUAUUAUUAUUACCCUUGCCAAGAGGUCGGUAACGUCACAGCACUCAUAAUGGUGAACCAUUGUGUCGGUGGCUAUACCACGUAA